UUUGACUUGCCCUGUUUCCUCUCUCAGGGCCGCGGCUAAGAAGGGAAAGAGCGGAGGCCUCCCCGGAGUUAUUGACCCUGCAGCCGGCGCAGGACAAAAAAAAAAUCCCGUGGAAACAGCAUUGGGGAUUGUACCAACAAUUAAACAUCUCCACGCAAAAUAGCUUCGCUAUUAGCCUAAGCUAAUUCAUCUCCUGAAUUGAUUUUAUCCCUGUAGCUACAGAGCACCCACUCAAUCAUAUACACCCAUUCACUUUUUAAUUGGCUUUUUUAUAUCCUGCUUUACAUUUAGCACUAACUCCAGAGUAAUCGAAUAUCCAUUUUAGGCUAAAUACAAAUCUAAAUAUUUUUUUGGUCUUGUAAUUACCUUCCUGUAACGUAAAUUGUUCAGUAACCCCUUUCCAUGUUAGCUGUCUAGCUCUGUCUUACCCUAUUUAUGUAGAAACAUCAUUCGUACCCCUUUAGGUUGCACUAUACCGCAACCACUCAUACCCUCUCCAAUCUGUCCCAGGCUUGCCCCCCUUGUUAUCAUCUAAGUUAUUUAUUACCUGCUGUAGCCUCUUGUCAACCAAACCAUCUGCUGCAUUCUAUAUAUCAUCUGGCUUCCAUGGAAGACCCUGGAUCUCUCCAUCCCCAGGUCUGAUGAUACUGUGUGGAUCAGCAUCUCUCUGAGGCUGCUUCCUGCUCACCCCUCCCACCAUGUCUGUGAUGCAGACCCCCUGGUUGGCAGGAACAGAAUGCAUUGCAAACUACGACUUCCAGGGAAAAGCUGAGCAGGACCUGCCUUUCAACAAAGGAGAAGUCCUAACUAUUGUGGCAGUGACCAAGGAUCCAAACUGGUACAAGGCAAAGAACAAGGUGGGACGAGUUGGAUUUAUUCCUGCUAAUUAUGUACAGAAGAGAGAGUGUGUGAAGUCAGGAACCAAGCUCAGCUUGAUGCCAUGGUUUCAUGGCAAAAUAACCAGAGAACAGGCUGAGCGCCUCUUGUAUCCUCCAGAAACUGGCCUGUUCCUAGUACGGGAAAGUACCAACUACCCAGGAGAUUACACUCUCUGUGUGAGCUGUGAUGGCAAAGUGGAGCAUUACCGUAUCAUCUACUCUUCUGGCAAGUUGACCAUUGACGAGGAGGCAUAUUUUGACAACCUCAUGCAGCUAGUAGAGCACUACACCAAUGAUGCAGAUGGACUGUGCACUAAUCUCAUGAAACCCAAACUGAUGGAGGGGACCAUUGCUGCUCAGGAUGAAUUCUCCCGGAGUGGCUGGGCUCUUAAGAUGAAAGACCUGAAACUUCUGCAGAGUAUUGGAAAAGGAGAGUUUGGAGAGGUCCUGUUAGGUGACUACAGAGGGACUAAGGUGGCUGUAAAGUGUAUCAAGAACGAUGCCACAGCACAAGCAUUUGUAGCCGAGGCCUUAGUGAUGACGCAACUGCAACAUAAGAAUUUGGUUCAGAUGCUGGGGGUCAUCGUUGAGGACAAGAGCAGCUUGUAUAUUGUCACAGAAUUCAUGGCAAAGGGAAGUCUGGUGGAUUAUCUAAGGUCUCGGGGUAGAUCCGUUCUGGGAGGUGAAUGUCUACUCAAAUUCUCGCUGCAUGUGUCAGAAGGUAUGGAGUACCUGGAGGCCAAUAACUUUGUGCACAGAGAUCUUGCCGCACGCAAUGUGUUGGUCUCAGAAGAUAACAUUGCCAAGGUCAGCGAUUUUGGCCUUACGAAGGAGGCUUCUGCCACACUGGACACCAGCAAGCUACCUGUCAAGUGGACAGCCCCAGAGGCUCUACGAGACAAACUCUUUUCGACCAAGUCUGAUGUGUGGAGUUUCGGGAUUUUGCUUUGGGAAAUAUACUCAUUUGGGAGAGUGCCUUAUCCACGUAUUGCUCUUAAAGAUGUGGUACCCAAAGUGGAAAAGGGAUAUAAAAUGGAUUCACCUGAUGGUUGCUCCCAAGUUGUAUACGAUUUAAUGAAACAAUGUUGGCAUUUGGAUCCUAACCAGCGUCCAUCAUUUAGAAAGCUGCGUGAACAGUUAGAACAUAUCAAAGCAAAGGAGUUAUUCCAGUGAACCAAGAGCAAGGCUAGAAGGUCCUCUGUCACCAGAGAGCUAUUACAGGCCAGAGAAAGAGACUCUGCCGUAUCAGAAAUGUGUGAAUAGACAUCAUCAAGAUUUUUCGUGACACAGUAUAUAAAUGUUGGGCUCUUCACACCUUCCCGGCCUUGCAGUACUACCAUCCUUUAGUCCAGAAAAGGGACAAUAGGUGCUGUCCGUCUGUGCAUGGAUGCUGAUUUUCUUUUUUGUGGUUUUGCUGCAAAAUCUUCUAAACUUUCCUCUCUGUUUCCUGCCCCUGUGUAAAAAGAGCUUGGAAACAAUGCCAGACGUGUCGGGAAGCACAUUAAGGGCGGAAGAUGUGAAAAACAAGAUUGCUUGGCUACCACAGGAGCACAUUUGGCCAACUAUAAAUAUAUAUAUAUAUAUACACACACACACACACACACAUAUAUAUAUAUAUAUAUAUAUAUAUAUAUAUAUAUAUAUAUAUAUACACACACAUACACACACACAUAUUUGUUUUUUUAGUAGACCAGAUUUGAGAGUGCAUGUUACGUGCAAUACACCUCUCUUCUGUAUCUCGUCUGCCUUAUUUAUCAGGUUUAAUAUAAACUGACACUUUGAGCAGGCUGCAAGAGGCAGUUCCUAUUGUAAAGGAACUAGUACAGGUGGUAUAUGUGCACUUGUUAUACUUUUUAAUGUCUUGAGUACCUACACACACAUAUAUACCAAAAUUGAAAAAAUGGAGCUUAAGUGAGGUUGCUGAAAUAUCUCAUCUUGAGACUGUACCUACUGUAUUAUAUAUAGGUACGUUGUAUUGUUAUAAGCCUCUAAAUAUGACCAUAAAAGCUCACCUUACGUGGACAAUCUAAGAAAAUCAUAUUUCUGCUGACAUUUCAACAUACUCCGUUUAAAAUUCUCAGCCUUUCCUUUUUACAAGGUUGGGAAUUUUGUUUUACCUAGUUAAAUAAUUUGCUCCCAAAGCAAGAAACCACAAAUAUUUCUGCCCAUUACAGAUGCUCUGUGGCUUUUUCUGUGGAAUUUCCUGUCUUUUAUACACUUCGUACAGUAAAAUGUAAUCUGCUUCUUUACAUGGCUGCACGUUACUAAAUGUGGCAGCUAGAUAUAUUAAAAAUAUUGGCAGGCUCCAAUAAUAGUUUUGUCUCUUCAGGAAAUACUAGAGACUGGGAGUAUACACCCCAUCAUCUCUUUAUACUGCAGGUAUCACCAAGACACCCUUGACUUUGCAUUCCCUCUUUUAAGGUUGUAUGGACACCUAACGUUGUUGCAAUAUUGCCCAAGAACUCACUUCCUUCUCUAUCACUUCAUACUGCAUCAUAAAACCUACUUUUUUUUAAUUCAUAUAUGUGUGAGCAAAAUAGCUGUUUGUUAGAGAAGAGGGCCACCAGCUUUGUGUGAUACCUGCAGUUUGAGUAACCUGCUGUUUUGUCUCCUUCUUUUAAAUAAUAUGGUAAAUCAACAAAUGCAGAAUUUUAUGAACAGUUGUAAGAGAAAAGGUUCUUUAUGCAUAUUGUGAGAAGUUAGGUUUUGUUCGUGUUAAGAAAAUCUUCAGUUUUGGUGGGGCUGCUGCUUUGAGUAACACGAGAAAUAUUUGUGGUGGAUUAGUGAAUGGAGUGAUAAUUAGUUUGAAAAGCUUUUUAUAGCAGUUAAAAAUAUUUCUAAAAUUUUGCAAUUAACUAAAACUUAACUGCUUUUCCUCUGCCUAAAAAAGAAUUGAAGAAACAAUCUCGAACUGUGUAAUAAAUACUUCACGCAAUCUUUAUGGUAAUGGAAGUACAUUUAGCCACAAUCAUACAUCUGUUAUGAGGACAAGAAAGGUUUAAAAAGUCGAGAGCAUCAUGACGUCAGGUGGUGCCUCAACUUCCAUUUCAUUUGUUAACUUGUGAUUUUCUUAUACUGUUUGUAAAAUUAUUAUUUUUUUUGGGGGGGGGGGGGAUGGUGAAAAGGUCCAUUUUUCUGUCUUGUAUAUGUUUUUUAUAUUUUGUUACAGAUCACAAGGAAUAUCUGGCUUCAUUUUUAUUUAGGAAGUGUUUUACUGAAGUACGAAUCUUAUUUUUUAUUGUAAACUAUGACAAUGUGGGGUGAGGUGGGAUUUAAGAUACUAUCACUCUACAAAAGAUUACUUGCUUGGCUUUAAUCUUGUGCAAAUUGUGUGCAUGCUGUAUUGUGUCUUCAUUUCCAAAGGCCUUUCCAGUCUUCAUUCCUAUCCAGUGCUUUAAACUCAUGUAUAUGCUGCAUUUGGUGGGAUUAAAAAUGUAAUAAAACCAUUCCAUAUGGAUGUCUAGUUUUAA